AUGCCUCGCCGUUUUCAGCGCCUUCGCAACUUCAGUCAGCGAAUUGUGAUUAUAACCCGAACAUUUGUAACUCGGUGGUACUGUGGAUUUUGUUAUCCGUCAACUGUAAAUCUUCCUCAGCCGGAAGAUGUCCAUCUUCCCAGUGAGUCGACUCUCCGCCGUCUUGAGAUCAGUGAGAGUUGUGAGUCAUUGUCUAAACUUUUGAUUGCUCAUACAUCGAACAGGCAAGUCACUACCAUCACACGAUCACCAACGUCUUUGUCUCAUUCUCGAGAUAGUGUGCAUGACCUUUUGAUUCAUGGCGGACACAUAUGUGAACCAGAGCAUCUUUGCAAGGAAGACAUUCAAGAAAGUCAUGUUGUCCAGGAGGCAAGUCAGAUAGUCGAAACGCUCGACAUUGUGGAAGACACCGUUCAGAAAUGGGACAUUGCUCAAAAACACAUGCAGACCUUGGCCAUGGUAGAAGAAGUUCGCGAUCUCAAUGUGCUUGACACUAGAUCAAGCUGCUCGGUGAAUACUGACUGUGUAAAUGUUUUACCGUAUUUUACACCUGUCUAUGACUUGCAGGUGGAGCACGCUAAGAGCACAUGCUGGGAGAGCACCCAGCCCCAUCAUUGGCACAUCCUGAAACCUCUGUCUUGGGGAGGAUUUGGAAUUGUAAACCUGGCCCGACUACAAGAGACUGGAAAGAUGUUUGUGGUGAAGACAUACAAACCGCAAUACAGGCCAGGUGAAAUGGUAAUCCUGAAAGAAUGUCAAGGUCAGUUUGUUGUCAGUCUUUACGCUUCACUAGUCAGCACCAGCUGUCGGUUUGUCUGCAUGGAGUAUUGUCGUCAGGGAAGCCUGAGACAGUUAAUACAAUGUGGUGAACACCAAGAGACUUUCCCAGAACCCGUGGCAGCAAUGAUUGUUGCCUACAUUUAUGCUGGUGUUAGCUUUCUUCAUGAGAAGGAAAUACUUCACCUGGAUAUCAGCCUUGAAAACAUCCUCAUCACCAUCAAAGGAUAUCCCGUCCUCACCGGUUUUGCUAAUGCCUGCCACUUUAACGAGGAUGUGCCAAGCAGAGAGAGACUUAACGUUCUGUAUGCCUCUCCUGAAAUCCUGGAAAACAACCCGCCUAACAACUUGGCGGACUUAUGGUCAGUAGCCUGUAUCCUUUACGAACUCAUCGUCGGAAAAACGCCAUUCCACAGCUCUGACCUGGUAGAAGCCAGGCUGAGAGUCACUCUAGGGUUAUGUCCGGACUUCUCUGAACUCUCCACAGAAGCUGGCAAUUUCCUAUCAGCUGAGCUGAGUUUAACAGCCGACAAACGACCAGGGUUCCAGUGCGGAAUUGCGGGUAUCAUGAAGAGGGAAGUCUUCCGAACGGUCAGCUGGAAGCACAUCCGCAAGGGAAACCGCAAAGGCAAAUGCCCAUUGCAGCCUAUCUGGAAGGCUGUCAGAGCCAACUUGAGAAAAUUCCAAGUCGAAGACGACGACAACGAAGAACAGCAUGCAGAAGUCCUGGAGAAACCGAGUGAAAAGUUUGAUUGUCGCCUUAAAAGAAUUUUUCGAGGAUCAUAG